AUGAAAAGUGUAAAAAAUAAAGAUGAUUUAGCUGGUAUGAAAAUUGUGAAUUUUUUAAAUAAAAAGGAUAAGCUAAAGGCUACUCAAAAAGCAACGGGGCAACUCCCUAAACCCCCCGACGCUGCAAACCCUGGCAGUGCUACGCCGGGUCAGCGUCGUGCUCAACGUCCCGGCACUACAGUGGAUGCUGCAAACGAAAAAAUUAUGGAAAUUUUUAAACAAGAGGGUGUGUCACGGGGAGGUAACGGAAAUGUUGUGCACAAGGGUACGCGUUAUAAUAUACCCUAUACAGAUUUAGUUUACGAUCUAACACACAAUACGACAGAAAAAACAGCCAAUUUGACAUCUGUAGAAUCUCAACAAGCUAUGCGAUUAUUAAAAAAAAUUAAAAUGCCUGCCUCACACAUUCGCAGUACACGUCUUCGGGGACAGUAUAUAAAAACGCGUACAACACGUACGUUAUCCGAAACACCUGAGACAAGCAGCGAAGAGAAUUCCUUUCCGUCAACACCUUUUGGUCGUCCACCUUCGAGAAUACCUCAACCCCUACGACGUCAUACGGCGCCAACGCCCUAUAAUCGCCGAUCACGUAGUGCCCAUUAUACACCCCAUCAAGAAUUGGAUCGUCAAAUUCGUACCCUAUUGCGUUAG